AUGGUGGCUUAUACUAAAGCCCUAAACCAGAACCUUCUCCAUACCCUGCUCCAUACCCUGCUCCAUACCCUGCUCCAUACCCUACUCCAUACCCUACUCCAGACCCUACUCCAUACCCCACUCCAUACCCUAUACCAGACCCUACUCCAUACCCUACUCCAUACCCUACACCAGACCCUUCUCCAUACCCUACUCCAUACCCUACUCCAUACCCCACUCCAUACCCUACUCCAUACCCUACACCAGACCCUGCUCCAUACCCUACUCCAUACCCUACUCCAUACCCUACACCAGACCCUGCUCCAUACCCUACACCAGACCCUUCUCCAUACCCUACACCAGACCCUUCUCCAUACCCUACACCAGACCCUGCUCCACACACACCCUACUCCAUACCCUACACCAGACCCUACUCCAUACCCUACACCAGACCCUACUCCAUACCCUACACCAGACCCUGCUCCAUACCCUACACCAGACCCUUCUCCAUACCCUACACCAGACCCUACUCCAUACCCUACACCAGACCCUACACCAUACCCUGCUCCAUACCCUACACCAGACCCUGCUCCAUACCCUACACCAGACCCUGCUCCAUACCCUACACCAGACCCUGCUCCAUACCCUACACCAGACCCUGCUCCAUACCCUACACCAGACCCUUCUCCAUACCCUACACCAGACCCUUCUCCAUACCCUACACCAGACCCUUCUCCAUACCCUACACCAGACCCUCUCCAUACCCUACUCCAUACCCUACUCCAUACCCUGCUCCAUACCCUACACCAGACCCUCUCCAUACCCUACUCCAUACCCUACACCAGACCCUACUCCAUACCCUACACCAGACCCUACUCCAUACCCUACACCAGACCCCUCUCCAUACCCUACACCAGACCCUACUCCAGACCCUACUCCAGACCCUGCUCCAUACCCUACACCAGACCCUUCUCCAUACCCUACACCAGACCCUCUCCAUACCCUACUCCAGACCCUACUCCAUACCCCACUCCAUACCCUACUCCAUACCCUACUCCAUACCCUACACCAGACCCUACUCCAGACCCUACUCCAUACCCUACACCAGACCCUGCUCCAUACCCUACACCAGACCCUGCUCCAUACCCUACACCAGACCCUACACCAGACCCUACUCCAUACCCUACACCAGACCCUUCUCCAUACCCUACUCCAUACCCUACACCAGACCUACUCCAACCCUACUCCAUACCACACACCAGACCCUGCUCCAUACCCUACACCAGACCCUGCUCCAUACCCUACACCAGACCCUACUCCAACCCACUCCACCAGACCCUGCUCCAUACCCUACCCAUACCCUGUCCACCUACCCAUACCCACCCUACUCCGACCCUACUCCAGACCCUCUCUCAUACCCUACACCAAGACCCUGCUCCAUACCCUGCUCCUACCCUGCUCCAACCCUCUCCAUACCCUGCUCCCAUACCCUCUCACCAACCCUACACCAGACCCUGCUCCAACCCUACUCCAUCCAUACCAUCUCAGACCCUGCUCCAUACCCUACACCAGACCCUGCCUCCAUACCCUACCCAUACCCUGCUCCAUACCCUACACCAGACCCUACACCAGACCCUGCUCCAUACCCUAAACCCGACCCUGCCCAUACCCUACCCAACCCUGCUCCAUACCCUGCCCAACCCUACUCCAUACCCUGCUCCAUACCCUACACCCUACCCUGCUCCAUACCCUACUCCAUACCCUACACCAGACCCUCUCCUAUACCCCUCUCCAUACCCUUACCUCCAUACCCUCUCCAGACCCUGCUCCAACCCUACUCCAUACCCUACUCCAGACCCUGCUCCAUACCCUACACCAGACCCUACCCAUACCCUACUCCAACCCUACACCAGACCCUGCUCCAUACCCUCUCCAACCCUCCCAUACCCACACCAGACCUACUCCAGACCUGCUCCAGACCUGCUCCAUACCCACACCAGACCCUGCUCCAUACCUACCCAGACCCUACUCCAUACCCUCUCCCAUACCCUACGCUCCAUACCCUACCCAGACCCUCCAUACCCUGCUCCGACCCUGCUCCAUACCCUACUCCAGACCCUGCUCCAUACCCUACACCAGACCCUACUCCAUAACCCUACUCCAGACCCUGCUCCUACCCUACCCAGACCCUGCUCCAUCCCUACCCUACACCAGCCUACUCCAUACCCUACACCAACCCUGCUCCAUACCCUACACCAGACCUCUCCAUACCCUACCCAGACCCUGCUCCAUACCCUACCCAACCCUAACCAGACCCUGCCCCUACUCCACCCUACACCAACCCUACCCAGACCCUAACUCCAACCCUACUCCAGACCCUACACCAGACCCUACACCAACCCUCUCCAGACCCUACUCCAACCCUACUCCAGACCCUACUCCAGACCCUGCUCCAGACCCUGCUCCAUACCCUACACCAUACCCUGCUCCAUACCCUACACCAGACCCUGCUCCAGACCCUGCUCCAUACCCUACACCAUACCCUGCUCCAUACCCUACACCAUACCCUGCUCCAUACCCUACACCAGACCCUGCUCCAUACCCUGCUCCAUACCCUACUCCAGACCCUGCUCCAUACCCUACACCAGACCCUGCUCCAUACCCUGCUCCAUACCCUACACCACACCCUGCUCCAUACCCUACACCAGACCCUGCUCCAGACCCUGCUCCAUACCCUACACCAGACCCUACUCCAGACCCUGCUCCAUACCCUACACCAGACCCUACACCAGACCCUACUCCAUACCCUACUCCAUACCCUACACCAGACCCUACUCCAUACCCUACUCCAGACCCUGCUCCAUACCCUACACCAGACCCUGCUCCAUACCCUACUCCAGACCCUACUCCAUACCCUACACCAGACCCUACUCCAGACCCUACUCCAUACCCUACACCAGACCCUACUCCAGACCCUACUCCAGACCCUACACCAUACACCCCUCUCCAUACCCACCAACCAACCCUCUCUACCUACACCAGACCCUCUCCCUACCCUACACCAGACCCUGCUCCAUACCCUAACCUCCCAGACCCUGCUCCAUACCCUACACCAACCCUCUCCAUACCCUACACCAGACCCUCUCCAUACCCUACACCAUACCCUGCUCCAACCCUGCCAUACCUCCCUGCUCCAUACCCUACACAUACCCUGCUCCAUACCCUCUCCAUACCCUCUCCAUACCCUACCACAGACCCCUAA